CUCUUUAAGCUAACAUUAAGCGUUUGUCACUGUGACCUCUUCACCUGCGCAGCCUCCCUUAUUUUUAUACAGUGGUAGAAGAAGAACUUAAGUAAAAUUAGCAAUACCACAGCAGUAUGAAAAUACAAGUCCUGCGUUCAAAAAUGUAGCCUCGUCGAUUUCAUUACCAUUUAGUCAUUUGGCAUGUUAAAGUUAGGCUACUUUCAUUUAACGUUAAGGACCAAACACAGCAUCAAUAAAGCAUCAAUACAAGAACAAGAAGCUAAAAACGGAGGAAGAGCUGAACAUCUCGGGUGAUGACCAGUCCACGAAGUCUACUCCUAAGGGUGGACGUAUCCAGACUCGGGACAUUCACCCACGGGACCUCAAUAACCAGUUUCAUAUACCAAAGCCACCCAAGAGCCGUCAAAAACCAGUGCUCAUGGCUUGUGUGCGUAAGACACAGCCAGUUGAUGGAGUUAGGAAUGCUAUGCAAGGGGCGGUGGCUCAUGCAGGGAAUCUGGAACCUGACUCUCAACCUCUGGACUACGCAGGACUUCGGUUUGAUGAGCAUGGGAUGAUUCUGGCACACAGCAUCCUGGGUAGUUUAGAGGAUUUCAGAAGUUAUUUGGAAGCCAAAGGGGAAACUGAGUUGGUGAAGCGAAUACCAAAGUCCCACACUGAUACUUCAUCUGAGACCUGUGGGAGGUAUCACUCUGGACGUGGGAUCCCUUCAGACCACAGAAACAUCCAGAGUAAUGCCCUGCAGCAUUGGCAUAAACAUAUGAUUCAGCGCAGACAGCAGCAGGGCCUCUUAUCUGACUUGCUCGACAGACCAGUCGAAAACUUACUGAUGAAUCAAGAUAACCGUUUCAGAGAAGCUCAGGAGCAGAAGGAGUUUCUAAACCAAAAUAUGCCACUCAUCCAGUCUGGAUAUGGUUACCGAGUGGGCAGUGAGUUUUGGAGUCUCCCCCAGCACUACGGAGAUGAAAUGAGUGGCAUCACAGCCACGCUGACUAAGACAGAGCAGGGCAAACGGGAACCUGUCACACAUGUAGCACAACCGAGGAGCAUACUCCAGGAAUCAGGAAUAACUUGUGCUGAGACUCUACGUCCAGCUUCUCGGACUUGGGAUCAGAGUGCAUACCUGCAGCACCAGUGCCAGGCGCUCGGAGAGGUUCUAAGGGACGUGGACAUCAAAAAGCCGGAUAUCGCUGGACUGGAGGUGAUUGGCUCUGGCAAGCCAGUCACAAUUGUCACGGUGUGUCAUAGUCCGUCAAUGGAGAAGGAGAAGGAGCACAAGGAGCUGAAGAAGGAGAACCUUGAUCCACUGGCACAGGAUGAAGAUGUCCGGUCAGAUGCUCUGCUGAUUCCUGCCUUGAGAUUCUGUGGUCAGCUUGCUAGCUGGACUGGAAACUCUACCACUAACCACGGAGAAGUAGGAAUCAGUGCCACAAUAAUGUUUGAGGCCCUGACUGGAGAGAGAGCCUCAUCCCACGUGGAGUUGCACAAUGAGGGCAGCACAGCCAUCUUCUACAGCUGGCAGCAGCUUCCCGUGCCACGCAGCUUUCCAAACCUGCGUACACAAACAAAGAGUCCACACUUCUACUUCAACUCCUCCUCUGGUGUGAUCCUUCCAGGUGACACCCAGCGGUUGGAGUUCAUAUUCAAGUCCAAGGAGCCAGGCAUUAAAAGUGAACUGUGGCAGCUCAACACCCACCCUGUUUUGCUCCAAGGCGCCUCCAUGCAGGUCACAUUGAGGGGAGUGGCUCUGUUCCAGGACAAAACCGCAGACCAGAGGCUUUUCAUAGAGACAAAGCUGGAAAAGAUAGUGAUGUUAAAGCUGUGUCGGUCGAUCGUGUAUGAGGUGCUGCAGGGGGUCCACACCCCAGAGAGACCCAGCUCUCCUGCAGAACUCUACAUCACUGAAGACCAAGAGUUUUUAAGCAAAAACCCCAAGUUGCAGUACCGUCAGCAGGAAGUGGAGGAUCUAAAGAGACUGUGGCAAGAAGUGAAUCCAGGACACAACUGGGACUUCUCUGUUGAUACACUACGACAGGUUGUGCUGUCUCUGCCUGAGCAAGAGUCAGCUCAGGAGAAGAGCCUGGCCCAGCUCAACUCUCUGCUUCUGCAGCUUUCUGAAGCCCCUGAGCAGAAACACGACCGCCUCACUGCAGCAGCUGUAGGGCAGCAGCUGUGGAGGGAACUGCUGGACAUGCUGGCUGCUGAGGCCAUGGGGCUUAGAAAUCUGCUGGGCCUUCCAGAGAGAGACACGUGGAUUGAUAAAAAGGAAGAAUCAACAAUCUCUGAUGCUGAUGUGGCCAAUUACAAAGAUGAGAAGAAUGACAAAAUGGGAGGAGCAGCUGCUAAAGAGGGGAGGAGUGGGGCGAGGUCCAGAUUGACAGAUGACAACAAAGGAGAGUCCAAGUCAGAACCAAAUGAAAAAUCAGUGGAGGGCAGCAAAAAGAAGGGCAAAAGAAAGGAUGUAGUGGGGAAAGGCACUAAGGAAAAAAAAUCAGGGAAGGCCUCGCCGACUCGCACCUGUCCAGAGAGCAUCAGUCAAAAACCUCCUGAUGCCCAAAAUGCAGAGCUGAAGGUGACGGACAUUUACAAAAGGCUCCUGCACAAAAAGGUUUAUAAUCUGAUGGAAGGCCUGGUGGACAACCUGUGUGACCUGAUAGAUGAGCUGAAGGAGGGAGAUGAACAGGACAUACACUCUGUUAACACAUGAGCUGCAGACACAGGAGCCCACUCAAUGUGUACACCCCUAAAUGUAAUAAAAACGUAUCACAUAGGGUCAUCAAAUCUGUUUUACUAUCUCAUUUUGUUUUGAAAUGAAUAAACCUUGGAGUAAUAAAA